ACUAAAAAUGAGGUUUCAAAUUCAGAUAUUACCUCUAGUUUUCCUCUCAUCGCUUUUCUUGAUCCAUCAUGCUUCAUCACAAAGAUCCACUUACAUUAUCCACAUGGACAAAUCCUCCAUGCCCAAGGCCUACUCCAGUUGCCACCAUUGGUACUCCACUACCAUAAACUCCAUGAGAGCAAUGAAUGUCGAAGCAUCAGAAAUCCACCACCAUCGAGAGGCGAAGCUUGUCCACACAUACGGCAACGCGUUCCAUGGAUUCACAGCAGUGUUGUCUGAGAAUGAGCUGGAGUCCUUAAGGAACUCACCUGGCUUCAUUUCAGCUCACAAGGAUAAGCCUAUUGUACCUGACACGACACACACACACAAGUUUCUUGGAUUGAACACUGCCUCCGGCAUAUGGCCGGAAUCCAAGUAUGGGGAGGACGUGAUCAUUGGUGUGGUAGACACUGGAAUCUGGCCAGAGAGCCCGAGUUUCAGAGACGAGGGCCUCCCUCAAAUCCCUGCGCGGUGGAAGGGAACGUGUCAGGCCGGUCAGGAUUUUAACUCAUCACAUUGUAAUAAAAAGAUCAUUGGAGCAAGAUUUUUCAAUCAAGGGGUUUUGGCAGCCAGUCCUGAUGUCAAGAUAAGCAUGAACUCUACGAGGGAUAUUUUCGGCCAUGGCACGCAUGUGGCGUCCAUAGCAGCUGGGAGUCAGGUAGAGGGAGCUUCGUUCUUCGGCUAUGCUCCCGGGACAGCAAGAGGGGUGGCACCCCGGGCUAGACUGGCUAUAUACAAGGUCCUCUGGGAUGAAGGGGCCUACGAGUCUGAUGCUCUUGCAGGUAUCGACCAGGCUGUUGCAGAUGGUGUCGAUGUCCUGUCCAUCUCCUUGAGUUACCUUACCAUUGAUCUCUACGAGAAUCCAAUCGCCAUCGCUGCAUUUGGAGCGAUGGAGAAGGGCAUCCUCGUUUCUGUUUCAGCAGGGAACCGGGGUCCAAGCUUUGGAACUGUGCUCGAGGGGAUCCCUUGGGCCGUCAUCGUGGCAUCAGGAACCGUUGAUCGUUGGUUCUCCGGGGAGCUGACAUUAGGGAAUGGAGUGAGCAUCACAGGGUGGACGAUGUUUCCUGCACGUGCCACGGUUAGAAACUCGCCUCUCGUCUACAAUGAAACCUUAUCAGCUUGUAACUCAACUGAGGUGUUGAGAGAAGCUCCAUCUGAUAGCAUCAUCAUCUGUGUUGAAUCUUUUGAAACUCCAGAGCUCGAAGAUCAGAUUACGUAUGUGACAGAAUCAAACAUCCAUGCCGUUGUUUUCGUUUCUGAUGACACUGGUGUACUCCGAUCCACGUCUUUUCCUCUCCCUGGUGUAGUCAUUACACCAAAAGAAGGAAAAGAUGUGAUCAGAUACGCCUCAAGAAGCUCACAAGCUACUGCCACCAUCCAAUUCCAGCACACGAUUCUGGGACCUAAGCCACGGCCUGCUCCAGCUGUGUCCACAUCCUCAUCGAGAGGUCCAGCACGAAGCUAUCCGGGGAUUCUGAAGCCUGACAUAAUGGCACCAGGGGUGUUGAUAUUAGCAGCCUACAAUCCUAACACGCCCACGGCUAGCAUUGGCACCAACAUAGCAUUGUCGAGUGAUUACAAUUUGGAGUCGGGAACAUCAAUGGCAUGUCCACACAUUUCUGGAGUCGCUGCCCUUUUGAAAAGCAUACAUCCGAAAUGGAGCCCUGCAGCUAUCAGAUCAGCAAUGAUGACAACUGCAAAUCCACUCGACAACACUGGGAAGCCCAUCAAAGAUAUGGGUAAUGACUAUGAUGCUGCCACGCCUCUAGGCAUGGGCGCAGGACAAGUUGAUCCGAACCGUGCACUUGAUCCAGGCCUCAUAUACGACGCAUUUCCACAAGACUACGUGAACCUUGUCUGCGCCUUGAAUUACACGCGUGAGCAAACUCAGACCAUCCUAAGGUCGAGCUACAACUGCUCUUCCCCGUCCACUGAUCUUAACUAUCCCGCCUUUGUGGCGCUGUACGACCCACAGGAAUCGAGGACACUUAAAACUCAGAGGUUCCGGAGGACUGUCACAAAUGUAGGAGAAGGCAGAGCUACAUACAAAGUUAAGGUGAAAAAGCCAAAGGACACAGUGAUUACAGUAUCUCCGGAGCGAUUAAUCUUUCGCAAGAAAAAUGAAAAGCGUAGCUACUCUUUGACUAUUCGAUACCAGACUUAUGAGGAGUAUGUCAUCAACCAUGGAUCAAUCACUUGGAUCGAGCAAAAUGGCAACCACACCGUGAGGAGCCCCGUUGUGGUGACGCCAGCAGAGCCAUCGGGUUGAAGAGAACUACAAUCAAGCUGCAAGGAAAAUCGUGGUGAAAUCAUUCGUAUUGUUUCAGUCUCAUUCACACUUCAACUCAGAGAUUUGAGAAUGUAAAAUGAAGUUUUCAACAAAUGCUGGAGCAUUUCAUGUGUUCAGUCCUUUGCUAUGAAUAAAAAUUUUCAAAAGCAUAUAUUGAUUA